AUGGACCCGUCCAACUACGGAGGUCCCGUAACGCAUUCAGCAAAGCGACCUCGACCAGUGAUCUCCUGCCUGGAAUGUCGACGGAAGAAGCUUAAAUGCGAUCGCACGCACCCCUGCCAACAAUGUCUCAAAGUUGGACGUCCAGGGAGAUGCCAGUAUCAGCCAGGUUCAGAGCCCGACACGGCUGAAUCCCCGAACGCGAAUCCGAAGCGACAUCAAACGCAGUCUCCAUCAGAGCAAAAUGGCCAUGUAUUCCUGCCCAGCACCAAUGGCAUUAGUGUGGAACGUAUGCAACAAGCUAAGAUAGGUAUUAUCGAAGAUCUCCAAGCAAGGGUCGCCAAAUUAGAAACCGCUCUGCUUGCACAAGAUCCAAAAGAAGAGCAGGUGUUGGUUUUUCAUGAUUCUGCGCAGCAACAUGAGCACAAUGUCUUCUUGGGAGCAGCUCAGAAGCUCGUCGCUGAUGGUAGUGUUGAUUCUCGAUUCUCCGACGCUUGCGAAUUCAUGCGAGCUUUACAAAAUCGCAAUAAUGAUCCUGAAUUGAUACGCAUCCGAGAUGAUUUGGAGAAUUUGCAACGUACUUUGAAGACUCAUGACCAGAGCUUGCCAGCCGACAAUGACCCAGGACCAGCGACUGAACGCCUCCCACUCGACCUACCCCCCUUCCGGGUAUGUGAGCGGCUGGCGGUCUUGUACUUUGACAACAUGGAGCACUGCUUUCGGAUUUUGUGUUGGUCUGAUUUUAGACGUCAAUUAGGCAUCUUGUUCACUGAUGGCCUAGGACCAGAUGCUUGCAGUUUCGGGUUCCUUCCACAGCUUGUAGGUGCACUGGCUAUCGGCACUCUUCUCGGCACGCACGAGGAGUGUAAAGAGGCAUCCACGUAUUCUCUCAUCAAGCACAGCAGAGCUGUCAAAUUCAUGGAGGAUUUCUCUCUAGGCUUGAAGGGCGUUCAGAGAUAUCAGCUUCCGGCUUUGCAGGUGAAGAUGUUGACUGUAAUGUGUCGAUGGCUGGGCUCGGACCCUCUUGUCGAUUUAUUUGGUCUCAGUGGAGAGAUCAUAAGAGAUGCUCUUGUGAUGAGGAUGGAUCAAGAUCCAACCACCUUGCCUGGGGUCAGUAUAUAUGAAGGGGAGUUGAGGAGGAGAAGUUGGAUGACGAUCAUGGAAGUUGAUCUGAUGUUGUCAGAGCUUUGCAGGUUGCCGUGUAUGGUACCUCCGUACACCUGUCGGCCUCCACGAAACAUCAAUGACGACGAGAUAUAUGAGGGCAUGGAAGUACUGCCACCCUCCCGCCCAACAGAGCUGUGGACGGACGGCCUAUGUCAGUACGUGCUUGCAAAGUCGUUCCCACAUCGGCUUGCUGCAUGCAAGAAAAUGGAAAGCGCUACUGAAUUCACGAUCGAGGAACUCUUGGGAGACACCAGAUAUAUGGAGAAGGAGCUACAAAAUCUCCCCCCCCCUUUACGGUUCACUUACAUGGGAGACGAACGAAGCAAGACUUCUCCUCGACUGAUGGCUCGCAUGGAGUUGGACAUUAGCAUUCGAAGACCUUUGAUGUAUCUGUACUCGUGUUUCACCUCUGCAUUCAAUGCUGAAGACAUCCCACAAGAAGCACGAGCAGGCUUCCUCCAAAGCUACCUCAUGGUCACCAACUAUCAAGACUUAUUUGAUCCUCAGUUCUCUGAAUUGAACGUGCCUCGACCUCAAGGUUAUUGGGAUUUCUUUCACAGCGUUUACAGGCACGAAUUGGGACAGGCAAUACUUGGACUAUGCUCAGAGAUCAAAAGAGUGGGAUCGCUGCCCCAAGUGCAGUCAGAGAGUCCUGAUGCUCGUACCUCGACCGAGGGCAAGAUCGACAAUACUUCGAGAGUAUCACUAUUCACAAGAGAGAGCUUGAUGUCCUCAGUGAAGGAGACCCUAGAGCCCAUGAUACGGCGCCUGUCUCGCACCAAAGCCAAUCUGAAGGACCUCAUCUACCUUAACAUUGUCUUCGCAUCUGUCCUCCCACAAGAGGAAGGCCAGUCUAAAUACGAACAGAUCAAGAGGGAUCUCCAGAAGCUUAUUCGGGACUGCCAAACCCAGCUGGAACGGGAUGGGUUAAGAAUCAGCACCACUUCACUGGGGAAUGAGAUACGAGUCCAGGGCCGCCCUGAUCGCGACAGGCACGUGAUGGAUGCGCGAUUUGAUCCUUGUUGGGAGGGCUUUCCGGAUCUUGACCUUCUUGAGCCAAUAAGCGUCUGA